AGUAUUAUGUUGACAAAGCAUGUAAUACAUUUCUGCUUAAUGUUUUUUUUUACAUCUGGAGUGUCUCCAAUGGGAGGAGAUUCAAUGAGCACCAAAAUAAUUACGUUUGAAUCAAUCUACUUUAUGUCUUUAUACCUUUAUCAAGAAGCAGGAUAUCAGGAAAACCAACCCAACAUCAUUUUCAGUCAAAAAGAAAAACAAUUGAAUAUGAAUCUGGUUAUUACUAAGAAGAUUGCUCAUGCAAGCUGUGGGUAAACGUCCAGGCACCAUGAGUGGAUUCAAGGAAUCUCUCUUGCUGCUUCACUCUUCUCUCCUCCGUCUCUUCGCUGUGUGCAAUCCCUGCUAACCAGUAGGUGGAGCUUGACUCCUUUGGCUUGAGAGGAAAAGAGAAGGAGAUGAUUAAAGGGAGAAGAAAGACAGCAAGAGGAGAGGCAGGGAGGGAUGGAUGAGAGGGAGGAGAGAGAGAGCAAGCGUCAGCACUCCAUGUGUUAAAAGGGCAGAUGGUAACGGCGGGGUAACUGAGGAGCAAACCACUCUGCUGGCCACAGAGCAAGAGAUCAGCGGAGAGAGGGAGGUAGAGGGAGGAAAGAGAGCAAACACAUGCAGCGCAGCAGAGGAGAGGAGCAUCUGAGAAGAAGGUAUACGCCUGCUCUGACAGGAAGGAGAGGACUGAGUACUUCUGCAGCUCUCUAACAGGGGAAAGAGAUGGAGAGGGAGGAACAGAUUCAGGAGAUGAGGGGGGAAAAGUAGCCUUCCUUCCCACUUAGAGAGAUACAGAGACAAAGAGCGAGGAGAAACAACAGGGAACUGAGGAGGUUGUGAUGCGAGGAAGAGGAGGAGGAUGGGAGAUAGUUAGAGCAACUGCAAGACUGAUCAAUUUCACCAAGAAUUUUAGACUCAGCGAAAAGACUCAGAGAGAAAGGAAGAAGAAGAGUACUCAGUGACAGGGAAAGAUUGAUGAAUAAGACAUGGGUAAAAGACUUAAAGAGAAAUAUUUAACUGGAGACAGGGGCAUCUAGCAAAUUCAGAAAAGAAGGAUAAAGAAUUUCAGAAUAACAAGGAGGAACAGAGAGUGAAAUAUUUAAAGGAUACAUGCACUAAAGGGGAGUUGGGGCUGAGAGUAACUUCCAAAAACUUGGGAAGAGAGAGAAUAAAUCAGUGCAGCAGAGGGAAACUGUGCUCCUCCUCCUCUCUUAUUCCUAAUAAAAGCCAACGGGCAACAGACGCACAACAGAAGAAAGAGGAAGAAGUUUCAAGACAAGAAAAGAGCUGCAAAGGUAGAUAUUUAACCACAUGAAAGUCAACUUUAUCCAUGGCGUGCUACUACAUUGUGAUCAGUUCCACCCACCUGCGUGACGGACAACUGAGGAGCAUCAAGGGGGUGUUCAGAGGACCAAUAGGAGCCAGUGGCCAAAGGAACACGGAGGAAGGAAACUCCAGGUUUUACUGUGAGCUGUGCAACAAGCAGUACGUGAGACAGCAGCAGUACGAGAACCACAUUAACUCCUAUGACCACCAUCACAAGCAGCGCCUGAAGGAGCUGAAACAGAGGGAGUUUUAUAGAGCAUUGGCCUGCAGGAGGCAGAGGAGGCGCAGGGAGGAGAGAAGAGAGAAGAGAGCACUGAGGAGAGUCCAACAACGUGACGUGAGGAGGACUGGAGAGUGUGCUCCAGGUUCUGGUCCCAUGUUCCGGUCCACCACAGUGGCAAUCGACCCAGAGAAUCAGCCACAACCAAAGGUUGAGCGGAACUGGCAGGAUUUCCAUUCAAGUGGCGCCGAGCGGGUAACAAGGCCUCAGACCCCACUCAUCCAGCCCUUCCUCCCCCUAGACCCUGCACUCGAGACCAGACUCCUGAGCAACACUGAGUGGGCAUAUGGCCAAACGGACGAAAGCAACUCUGCAGGUGCUGCUGAAGGACCCUGCAUCCUCAAAAAGACAAACCUGGACUGCAGUCACCUCAGACCCAACCACACAAUGAACCCUGAUGGCACAAACUGUACUGUUUCCAAUCAUUUCUUCAAACAUUUACAGCCUCAUUGCUACAUGAGCAACAGGAUGACUCCUGUAGAUAUCCCAAAAAGUACCACUGCCACAAAAACCUGCGACAACCUUGAAGUGAACACAAAUGACAACAGAAGCAAGGCGAUGAGCACGACUGAUGCUAUGUCAGCGACAAGCAGACUUCGCCCUGUGUCCUUCUCCCUGCCUAAGCGGACCUGUGUCCUCCUGCACCAAUCGGCUGCGGUCUUCAUCCAAGCUGGACAGGGUUCAGGGUUGUCAGGAAAACCAGUGGGUGUGGCAAAUCAGGAAAGAGCAAAAAACCUCAGAGAGCAAGUUGCUGAUCAGGGGCUCAAGUUUCCAGUGUCCUCAGAUGUGGAUGCCUGGGACAGUGGAAACCUGUGCAGUGUGGACAGUAAGAUUGAAUUCCAGCCAGCUGAGCAUGCUGAUAAAGGAUCAUUGGGAUUGUCUAUUAAUAAAGCCCAGAUUUCUUCAUGCAAUCGCAAUGUGAUUGAAACAGAGAACUUGACUAUUAGUGGAAGUGGAGCCCAGCUCUUAUUAUGUAAGGACAAUGAGGCCGAACAUGGGACUGGAUCUCAUCUUUAUUUAAACGGUGACAAACCAGGACAGAUUUCUGACAGCGUCAGCACAGAUUCAGUACAGAGAGCCAAUGAGGUCCACAAUCAGGACACAACACAGAAAGAUCUGCUUUGCCCUGCCACAAAUUACCCUGAGAAGUCUUUGUCUUGUGUGGUAAAUGAGAGUCCAACUCCAACACAGCCCAAACAAUCAAGCCUCCCCUCAUUAACCUGUUACAAAGCAUCAUCGCCUAUUCCUCCAAAUCGUCCUAAGGAGCCUUUCUGUCAGGUUCUAAGCCGUGAUGGCAGCAGGGUUCUUCUCUGGCCCACAGAGAUGGUCAACUACACCAAGACAUCACCCUCCAUCUCCUAUAGCAUCAACCCUCUGCUGUAUGACUUCAGAGCUCAUCACAAGGCCAAAAAAGAGGACAGCGAAAAGAAAGUAGGGCUGGAGGAAGAGAGGGAGGGAAUAAAGCCAUCUGUGAUCAAACAACCCAACUGCCAAGAGAGGCAUGAAGAUACAGAAGGAGAAAGGGAAGUGAAAAUAGAUGAAAAGGGAGAAGAGGCAGAGGGAGGACAGGCAGGAAAUCCUGUGGAACUUGACGACCAUUGUGAUGGUGGCGAUGCAAUCCAGGGUCGCUCCAGUUGCCAAGAUGAAAACGCUUUAAAAUUUGUUCCCGUUUCUGCAGAAUGCCACCAUUCGCCGGCGCUGGGCCUUCAAACGACAGCGACGAGAAGGAGGAGAAGGAGGGCAGGGAUGGGGAGGGGAAUGAGGAGGAGGGGGAGAAAGAAAAGAAGAGGAAUGGUGAAUAAAAAAGACUCACAGAAAGGAAGGAUAAUGAGUCCCCUUUUUGCAAGUCAGAUGUUUGAAGGGAGGGGGGAAGAGAAGCUGAAAAGAAAGGGCAACAUAAAAGAUGAGAAUAGAGAUAAAGAGCUAUUAAGUAAUCUCGCUGCAAAUCGCCUGGUAGGAGGGAGAGAAAAAAAGACGAAGGAAGAGGAGCAAAGGAUGAGAGAAGAUCAGACGACGCGAGAGAGGGCAGGUAGAAAUGACGAGAAGAGAGGAGAGCUAUUAAGUAAUCUUCCUGUGAAUCGGUGUAAUCGGUGUAACCAGCUGUGUCUGCAGGUGAAGCGGGAGGCCAGCCAGCAUCAAUCCCACCAAUCAGCCUCCGGAUGGGGCCUGGGGCUCAGAAAGUUCCUCUGCAGGGGUGCAGCGUGCAGCUCUGUGAUUAGCCCCGGCCCCACGUCAGUUAUGGAGAUGCCACACUGUCCUGCAAUUACACCCGACCCUGCUGAGGAUGACAAAGGGACAGGAGUGAUGCACAAAGACAUUCAGGCGGGGAAGGAGGAUGGGCAGGAGCAAAGGAAUCCGCGGAGCACUGAGAUAAGCAGCAAUGAGGAUGUUGAGCAAAACAGAUGUAAGCUAGCGAUUAGCGGUGUUACUUUUCCCCGUCGAGACACAGCAUGUGAGGAGGAAAUGUGUCUCGUGCUUAAACCUCAUGGAGAAACAGCAGGAAAUCAACCGAUUAGCCCCAUCCCCGCUUCCUCCAGAGACACAGCGUGUGGUCCAACACAAACAAUACCUGCAGGACAAAACUGUGCUAUGAUAGCUCAGAGCCCACACUGUUCGGAAAGAGAUCUGGAAACCGGAUCGUCCUGUGGGGACGCAGCUCUUCCUUCUAAGUUGUUCACAACGACACUGCAGAGAACAGGAACAGCUGGAAAGAGGAAGGGAAGAUUUUCUGAGCCAGUUGUGCCAAAAAAGAAACGGAGAAGAGGAAGGAGGCAGUUGAGGAGAUUCAUGAAUGUUCUAAUGAAAAGACAAGAAAGAGCUGAGGCCAGUUUGACCUUCAACCUCAGUGGGAGAGCCGACUGUUGUUUUCAGGAGCUCAGAUCUACAGACUGCCACUCACUCUGUAGGACACAGUCCCUGUGCCACAACUCCAUCACUGAGGAGGAAACAUGUAGCUGCAGUUCUAACAAUCUACACAACUCCUGCUGUUGUGAUGUAAGCACAAGCAGCAGAGGAGCUGCUAAUGGCUGCAGUCAUUUAAACUUUGAUCACUCCGAAGGCUUGACACAACCCCCUGACUGUCACACCUGUAACACACAAACACAGCACUGUCAGGGUACUGAGAAGUCUAUCAGUGACGAUGAACGUAAUUCUGCCGCCUGCUGUGAUCACAGUGCCAAGUCUGUCAGGGGAUGUCAUAUAGGUAUGGUUGACCAGAAUCCUGAGUCUACCUUGAAUAAAAUCGACCCACUUGUGUGUGCAUGUUUAACAGAUCCCCUCACAUGUAGCACUAACGACGAUUGUCAGUGUGAAAACAAACAUACAAAUGAUGAAAAAGUGUCCACAAGCAGGGAUAUCUGCAAAACUGAUCACACAUUUCAUCGCAGUUGUGACUCUAUUGAUAAAAACGACAGAGGCGAUCACAGCAAUGAGGGUGAAACCAAAGCACAGUGUCAUGUUAAUGAGAGAACCCCUCUCUCUGAUCCAGAAAGUGAUUAUAGAAGCUGCGGUGUUCAUCAGAGUGAAACUGAUGGUGGUCAGUGCGAUGAUUCCAGCAGUAAUCCUGAUUGUAAUUGCAGCGGUAAUACUGUUAAUAACACCAGCACCAAAAAUGAAGCAGAACAUGUACUCAGAAGGGAGAGGCAGAGGAAGGAGGAGGAAGAGAAGCAGCUGGAAAGGAAGAGAGAGGAGUGGGAGAAGGAGUGGGUGAGGAGGAAGGAGAAGGAGGAGAGGGAAAGGGAGAGGAGGAAGGGGAUAGAGUUUGAGCAUCUCUUUUCAGAGAAGAGGCAGCUCUUUCCUCAUCACCUGCCCCCACACUGCAUCCCCCUCCACGCUCCACUCCUCCUCCAGCCAUCCCUCUCCUCUUCCUUCUCCUUCCAGCACACCUUCAUCCAACACAACCUCUCCCUCCUGCCACCUCUGUCCCACCUCCACCGCUCUUCAUUCCCCCACCUUCUUCCCCCUUUCUCCCCUCACCUCUCUCCUGCUCCUCCCCCUCCACCACCACCUCCUCCUCCACAUCUUCCUCCUUCAUUCUAUGCCUCCUCUCCCAUCCCACUACUGGAAGCUCCUAGUCCUUACCCCUUAGGGGCAGCAUUUCAUCCCAUUCAGAGUCACCCCCCUUCUUUGUACCCUCCUCCUCAUCCAGCUGUCUUGCCCUUACAGGUGUUACUCUAGGUUGCCAUUUUUCAUGAGAAGUUCCACAUCAUUGCCUAAAUAUCACAUCCAGGGUGAAAUUUAGGUGAAUCUAAGCAGAGCGUAAUCAGAAAACAAAGCGGAUCUUUCUUGACGCAGAGCCUCUCGCGAUUCUUACACUCAAGCACUGGCUCACAUGUCUGGAAAAUAUUGGAAAAAAAUAAAAUAAAUAAAUAAAAGAUGGCUAAUUAUCCUCAUCAGCCGCAAUCCUGCUCUAAAUGAGCCUCAGGUGUGCAGUCGGUGGGAUCGUGGUAUGAAUACACAGCUGAGGCUCGUUUCCCUUGGCAGAAAUCAGUUCAGGCUCCCGUUUUGCAUUUUAAACCAAAGAUUUGCUUUCAGGGUGAAUUUUAGUGACAUUACAAAAGGAAAAAAAGUUCAGCCUUGCAUACUUUCAGAUAUCCUCACUCUGUGAUCAGAAACACAGGUUGUUUGCCUUGCUAGGUGUGGAUUUUCUCUCUGAGAGGUUCAAUUUGAGCACUUUUUUUAGGAGUUACAGUACCUUGCAAAAGUAUUUAUAGCCCUUCAACACGUUCACCUUUCCCACAUUUUGUGCUAAACACAAGCUGUAUGUUGUUGGGAUUAGACAAAUACAAGAUAACUGAAAAGGACAAAAAAAAUGAUACAUGGUUUUCAAAAUUCUAUCAACAGUGACAUUCUGCCAUAAGGGCCAGAUUCGUAGCGUGCACAACUAAUAUUUGUCUGAUUAACAGAAUCUCCCACCUAAGCUAUAGAUCUCUGCAGCUCCUCCAUUGUUAUCAUCGUACUCCUGGCUGCCUCUGAUCACUGCUCUCCUUAUCUGGACUGUCAGUUUAGGUGGAGGGCCAUGUUUUGGCUAGUCUGCAGUUGUGCGACAGACACUCUUCAUAUAUAUAUAUAUAUAUAUAUAUAUAUAUAUAUAUAUAUAGAGAGAGAGAGAGAGAGAUUUUUUUUUUUUACAAGUCAGAGUAAGUAAGUGAGGUAAAUAUCAAUGCAGGCUACAUUAUUCAGAUUUGUUAUUGUGAAACUGUUAAAAUCCAUGUUACCAGUGAUGCACUGCAUUGUGUGCGUCCACCACCUAAAAUCUAAAUACAAAAACACAGACAUUUGUGGAUGGAACAUGACAAAAACAAAAAAGUUUAAUUUUAAUAGUUUUUAUUUAUAUUUAUGGGGGACUAAAAUGUUUUUAUAGCCCCAGUGUUCAUGUACAGGCAUUAAAGCAUUGUGUUUGAAACAGAUUCUUGAAGCUGAAAAUUACAAAUCUGAAAAGAAAAGAGCUGAGUUUUAAAUGAAAAUUAUUGCCUUGGUAAUAACAUUACCAACACCCCCAUGACAUACCAACAUCUUUUAUUGACAUGUCUAUCUCUAAAUUGCAUUAGCAGUAGUUUUGGUGCCAAAGUCAGAUGAAGAAGAAAAUGCUUUUGAUAUAAGAAAUAUCUCUGCUUCUGCUGCAAGAAUUUUGUAAAAUUGACCACUCUGCCAGACUACGCUGAAUAUGUAAAAUCAGGGAAGAGCUAUACAGUUAGAAUUGUAAUAGGCAGAUAAAAUGUGAAUUCCAGUCCCUGAAAAGAGAAGCAGGAAAUGGAAGAGCAAUUAUUCAGAGUUUUAUGAGAAUUUACAAAAAGCAUGAAGCAAAAAGGCGAAAGGCUUUCUGCUCCUUUGUAGGUUACAGAUGAACCAACACAAAUAUGAGCAACACCCCCCCGCGGGUUUCAUUUACAAAGAAAUACAGUGGCUUAAAGCAGUAUUCCUAUGCCUUGAACUAUUUCUAUUGCAAAACUACAAAAUUCUAUGUAUUAUUCUGAGAUAUCGUCUGAUAGGCAAACAUUAACUAGUGGGUAAUUGUGACAUGGAAGGAAAAUUAUACAUGGCUCUCAUUUAAGAUCUUUACAUAUAAUUUUUAUUCAUCCACUUUUUUUUCUGACACUCCUAAAUAAAAUCUAAUGCCACUACUUCUCUUGUGAAGUCACCUUAUGAAUAGUGUCCACCUGUAUGUAAUAUUGUCUCAGUAUAAAUUGCAGUUGCUCUGUGAAGGACACCAUGACAAAUGUGACAAAAUGUGACAAAACGUGGACUGGACCAGAACCAAGUAGAGACCUGACUGAAAUAAUUGUCAGGCUGGUUAUGUAGUGUUACUGCAGUUUGAGAUGCAGGUAGAUACAAACUGGUGGUACAUUUUGCAGGGGCUUUAUGCAAAAUGUCACAGCAGCUUUUGGCCAAACUUGGGAGACACUAAAGGUGGACACCGGUGAAAUGGUUAGAAGGAAAGGGGAUGCAUAAUUCAGUAUAAAAGCACAGAUAAGCACAUCAUCAGAUGGUUUUAUAUCAUUCCUGAAACCUGAUUAUGUUUACAGCAGAUCUCAACACAGCAAAAGGGAUUGGUGUUACAAUUAGAACAACUCAUUCCAUUUCUGAGAUUGUGUAUGAACAAUAAACCUAAACCCACUGAGAGAUUUUUUUGGGACUACAGUCGUCCCAGAAAGCAUACAGAAAAGCAAGUGGUUUUAUUUUUGUUAGAAAGUUAUGACCACACAUUUUGGCAGUGACACAAAUAUUGAUUUUUUUAAACUUUUAACAUUAUGUUUGUUAGGUAUACUAAAGAAUGAGAAAACGAGAGAUUUGUUAUGUGAAGAGUCCAUGUUUGCAUUGUUAACUGAUAUGCUGGUGAUCAACAUCUGGGCCAAAUCCUUGCUGAUGGUGACCCAGUUUUCAACAGUUCAUCUCAGUUUAUUGGUGUCUGUUCCAUCACCUGGUUUUUGAAAACUGACUUCAGUUUCUCAGUAUGGUUUAGAUCCAGAUAAAUAAUUUCAGAGCACUGAUGCCAGAGCCACUUUAUUACCUAAUAACACAGUCCUUCAUCAGGACCUAUUAAUCAAAAAAUAGGUCAUGUCGGCAGUUUGAUUUUCAGUUUCAAGCAUCCGGCUACCUCAGGUGAGUGAACCUUCAUUGGCACAGACAGAGCUUUUGCAUAGUGUUUCAUAAGAGAGAUCAGAGUGAGAUAAGAUAAUUUUUAAACAUGUUCAAAAGUCUGUCUCAGCCUGGCUUAUCUAGUGAUCAGAAAACAUCUGCAACAGUGUUAAAUGUGUUGGAAGGUGUUCACUGAAUCGUUACUUGCCUAAGGCAGUUUAUCUUCCUAUGAAACUGAAAUGCAACACAGAUAUGUAAUAGUGUGACAGGAGUAUUGACAGCCUUCUAAUUAAAUUAAUAGAUAGAUUUCAUCAUAACUUUCUAAUGCAGACAUGAAGUCAGCUGAUCAUUUUUGUGUUGGGCUACAAAUACAGUGAAAAUGGGUUUUAAAUGUAAGCAUAAUUUAUACAUAAUUUGCCACCACAAAAACUUUCCCAAAGUUUGCAAAACACAUUUGUGACACUUUUUAUGACAACUGGCAAAACAAUCCCUGUCACCUUGAUUUUAUUGAACCUUUUCCAAGUUGACCUAUUGCCUUAAACAUCAAAACGGCUGACAAAUAGAUUUAGCUGGCGGCUGGCAGCAGCAUGAACUCCGUCUCUGUUGUUGCUGGAAAGUCUCUGAUGUUAUGGGCUGCUUUUUCUGCUGUGUAUCUGCUGCUGUUACUUCUGUGUCAAAGCCUCAGGCAAAAACUUUGGAACAUGCACUGACCACCCACCCACGUCGGAGUCUAAUUGAACAUAUCCAAGAGUAAUUCAUCUUUCAACCACAUUAUCCAGGUCUGUUAGAGGUACAUGCAUAAAAGGCUGUCUCUGCAGGGCAAUGCACUAUCACAAAUUGCUAAUAUGGAAUAAGAUGUUCCUUUUGCAUUUUCAUUUAGAAAUAGCUGCUUUCUCUUUAAAUAUGAAAUGCAAGGUGUUAUAAAUUGAUAUAGUAAUGCAAUUACUAAAGUACCUGUAAUGAUCUAGCCCAACAAAGUUGAAUAAAAAGGCAAAUGCAGACUCUGUAAUGUAAACCCCACAUCCCAGAUGCAAGAAUUGUGAGAGUUAAUCAGAUUUAGUGAAGGCUUCUAUGCUAAGUUUUAUUAUGGAUGUAGUGUACAUAAAUCAAACCAAAUAAUAUUCUUAGUGAUCGUUAGUUGAUUGGUCAAUCCACUGUAAAUCAGGAUGAGACUCAACUUUAUGAAGUGCUCAGUCCUAUUUUGUCCAACAUAGUUGUGAUGCAAAGAAACAAAUUCCAAAACAACCCCAUUAAUAUGAGUACUACAGAGAUGCCAAUAUAUUUGGCUGGUGCUUCAUUUAUCAUUAAAACUACAAACUGCAUUACACUGAAAUACAAUAGGGAAAAAAACAAUAAAAAAAACUGGUAGAAAACGGCUUUAGGUUUUUCCCUUGAGUUGCUUUUUAAACAAACCAACAGUCAAUACAACAUAUAAACAGCUCCUUCCACAGAUGAGAUGCAACAGCUUGAAAGAAACGAUCCCCUCAGGAUUUAAAUUAGUUUGAGAAGCUAUUAAGGAUCUCUGGUUAGAGGACCUGAAGGUCAGAGCUUAAUUAUAAGGCUUCAACAGGUCAGAAAUAAUCUGAGGCAUUGACCAUGCAAAGCUAUAAAGGUUGCAGCUGGCAAUGAGUGAAGAGACAAUAAACCAGAGGUUAUACAGAGGUUAUUCUGUUUGCCUUAGUUUUAUAUAUAUAUAUAUAGUAUAUAUAAAUAAAACUGGCUGUUUUUUUUGGAAUUUGUACAAAAAAGAAAAAAACGAGACUCCAACUUUGAGGUGAGCGGCACUAAAACUGGAAAUACCUUUCACUUUUGCCAUUUUGUGAAAACAGGCACGUGGUCCAAUAGGAAUUGUUAGUGUAAUAUUUAUGCAGUAAAUAACUUUAUUUACCAGAAAAGAAGGUGUGUUACAGCUAUCAGAGUACAAUGAAAGAAUAAUCAUAACUAAAGUCAGAUAUUUGACUCCAGCUAUUUUGUCACUGCCAAGAAAUAUUAGGCACCCAGAAAAAACUAUAGUAAUUUGCUGGAGACUAACAGCUAGAAUAGACUACACAUCAGAGGUUUUCCAAUGCUCAAUAACACAUACACCUCAGUGAAUAUUAAUGUUUCCAAGGAGCACUGUAGUGACAGAACUCUUAACACAAUAAUAAAAGAUGACUUGCAUUGGCUUUUUCAAAAUGUCUGAGCUUGUAUUAACUAGUAUUGCUAAAAGUAGUUGUCCAGUCGCUGAGCACAGCAGUUACAACAUUAUGUCCAACUAGCAGCUGGUAGUUGGUUUAGUUGGAGUUGCCGUCAUUCCCAAUGUUACUGCUUCAUAGAGAAAUAAGUUGUCACCAGCAAUUGUUCUCAGUUACCUGUAGCCUGCAUGAGCUUAGACAGGAUAGUCUCAAAACAUUCUUCACUGCACUCCCUAUUUGAUUUGUGUCUGUACCCCUAAAGGCAGCUCAAGGAGCUAUGACCAGCAGAACCUGUACCACAGUUUGAAAACCAUGGCUACAACUUCUUCCUACAGACCCACUGAUGUUUUUAGUGGGUCUAAAUGUGAAGUGCUGUAAACUGGCUUUGAUCUGAGAAACAGCUCCAACCUUUACACUCAGCAUUUCACACAGCUGAUGUUCUGCCAUCUUAGUCAGUUUAAAAUAUCCCAAAGUGAUGGAUUGUUAUGGCUGAAACACACAGUAAUUGAUUCGGCUCGUCACAUGAGGUAUUUGACUUCAGCCCAGCAUCAGAGCAGCGAUGAAACGCACGGAGAUGUGAAGGUUUGUCAGGUAAUCAUACGCUAAAACAGCCGUUUAUCAACGGCAGCUUCCUGCUUUUAGUUGUUAUUAGGCUGCAACAGGACAAAUCAAAUGCGGAAAGUCCAGUCCAUUUUCCCUAAGUAAAUAACUAUGCUACCACUUGUUUUCACUCUUAUUAUAAUGCUAAUUAUCUCUGGUAUAUGUCAUGAAGAAGAUUAUUGGUGAUGCACGUUGACAGCUGAAAGUAACAGAGGAAAAGGAGAAAAAAGCAGAGUAACUCCAACUCUUUCUUACGCAAAGCUUUUUUCCUUCCUGACAUUUUCUCCCACUCCUCUCAAGUCGAACAUCUGGCAAAGAUUGCUUUGGGGCAUCAGCAUGUAGCGCCUAUCCGUCUACCCGGCAAUAGAUUAUUCUGGUGCAAACAAAUAAAGCAAACAAUAAUCUGCAUUAAAAUUCAUCCGGCAGAAGCAGCUGUGGGCGGAACAGCGUUCGCUCUUUAUAAAAUAAAGCAAGCCGUGCAGAAUCAUGGACACAUGCUGUUGUUUGAUCACUGCAGCUGUCCCCACCGGUGCCCACUUUGUGUUCGCUCCCUGAGGUCAUCAAAAAGUCUUCUUACAGAUCAUGUCUGCAGGGUGAGGCAUAACCCAACAGAGCAACUGAUGAACCAUGGUGUUACAAAAAAUUCUCCUUGCAGCUUUGAGCGCAGGAAAGCAUGUGUGAACAAGGAGUGCACAACAAAAGAGGUUUUUGAACUUAAUGUUCUCUAUGAACAUAGGUCUUAUUUAUUACUGUGAUGAACUGUGUACAUUAGAGAAGAGCAAAGCUGUUAUUAGAUGUAUUUUUGUAGCGAAUCCUCAGUUGAAUGAGGCUGAUUUUGUAUCAUGUACUCCUAUUUUAGCUAGUAAAUGAGCCGCAUACUAACUUAAUUUGUCCUCUUGUUCAUGCUGUUGUACAUAUUCUUUUAAGUUCUUGUCAAGUAAAUGACGUAAAAAAAAAGCAUUUUUUUUUCUAAUUUUGUGAAAUAGAAAUGUCUUGAAAUCUGUCAAACAAAUAUCUACCAGAUUGUUUUUGUUUGUUGGGAAAUAUCAAACUUGUACACACAAAUUAUGUCCCUGAAUAUUAGAGCUAGUGAAUCUAGUCUGACAGUUUGAAUAAAUCUGGAAGACUUGAAAUCAGAA